AGGUUCCCAGUCCUUGCAUCUUCCCAUAAAGUAGUAGCAUUAUCGUUGCCAAAAAAAUAUCGCGGACGAUUGCCUGUCCAGAACCAUGGCAGAUGUGAAUCCGCUAGCGAAAGAAUGGGAAAAAUGCGGUCUGACUUUGCGUGAUUAUCAGAAGGAAGGAGUGGAGGUAAUGGAUUCUUGGUAUCAAGCUGGACAUGGUGGUAUCAAUGGCGAUGAGAUGGGUUUGGGCAAAACAUGUCAGGCUAUCGUAGAGAUGCUGCGGUUGAAAACAGAUGGUAAAGGCCCUUUCCUGGUCGUCUGUCCGCUUUCUGUAGCAGAUCAUUGGGUUUCUGAAGUCAAGAGAUUCUCCUGCGAGACACUGGAUCCCAUUUCUUAUUUUGGUUUCGAACAGGCUCGUCAAGACGUUAUGAAACAGUUGGGCAAACUUAAGAAAAAUAUGGUCUUCAUCGUCCCUUAUCAUAUCCUUCGACGGGAUGCUGAACUUAUAAAGAAGCUUCAAGAUAAAUCAAAGCUUUCGUUCAAUGUCAUAGUUGUGGAUGAGGCUCAUAACAUAAAGAAUUCUGAAUCACAGAUAGCUGAGACAUUGAAACCGUAUAAGCGUGAUGGCUGGUUCCUUUUGAUGACUGGAACACCGAUUCAAAAUCAUCUCGGCGAGCUGUACUCUUUGCUUACUUUUGUUGACUCGAAGCAGUUUAAAGACAACAUGAGGUCAAAGAAGUACUUUAUGGACAAAUACAAAGAUGAUGCCAAUCUGCCAGAAUUGAAAAAGAUCCUGUCGAAAUAUCUCAUUAGACGUACAAAAGACGUUGUGUGCAAGGAGCUGCCCGCUUGUGACCAAGUUGUCAUCUAUCACAACAUCACCGAUUUGCAGAAACGUCUGUACUUGGAUAUUAUAGCAAGGGAUCGAGAGGGUCUGCUUUCCGUCACUGAACGUGAUACCAUAUCUCUCACCAAUCUCCACAUGCAACUGAGGAAAUGCGUCUCACAUCCAUACCUUUUCAAAGGAGUCGAGCCACAACCAUUCGUAGAAGGCGAACACAUUGUAGAAGCUAGUGGAAAAUUCCAGGUUUUUGAUCGGCUUCUUCGAUACCUGAAGGAAAAGAAACAUAAAUGUCUUGUGUUCUCACAGUUUGUGAUCGUCUUAGAUAUCAUACAAGAUUUUCUGAACCUCAGGGGUUACAACUAUGAGCGGCUCGACGGCAGUGUACGAGCUGAAGAACGAUUCGAAGCAAUCAAUAAUUUUCAGCGGACAACUAAGAGGAAUAAGAAAGAAGCCGACGAUGAUGGUCCAUGGUGUUUUCUCCUCUCUACAAAGGCUGGAGGCGUUGGUCUCAAUCUCAGUGCUGCUGAUACUGUGAUAUUCUUGGAUGCUGAUUGGAAUCCACAAAACGACAUCCAAGCGAUGGCGCGAUGCCAUAGGAUUGGACAAUCCAAACCGGUUCGUGUGAUACGUCUUAUUGGACGCUAUACCAUCGAACAACACAUGCAUGCUCGUAUCCGGGAGAAGGUUAAGUUUACGGAUAAGGUGAUGGGAAAUGACAUAACGAAACUGACGGCUGUAGAUCUACUGGCAAUGAUCAAGCAAAGUUUGGGAACGCUCAAAGAGCAGACAUACAAGAAGUACGAGCUGUCUGAUAAGGAAUUGGAGAGUGUCAUUGGUGAAACGAACGCUAAAGGCGAGUGGCUACCACUGACGGAGAAAGAGAAUCAGGUUGCUGACGUCCUACGUCUUGAUCCGGACGAAGUUGACAAACGAGACACGGACUACAACGACUAUCUUGUCUUUGAAGGUCGUCGUUAUCGUGUCUCUGCUAAGGAUGAAGCUGCAUUUGAAGAGUUGCAGAACAAGACUGAAGAGAGACUGCGGCAGGGGAGACGUCGUCGUUUCGAAGGUAGUGAAAACAUGAGCGAUCUUGAUGAAGACAAUAAAAAGCUCUCCGAUCUCGCCAUCUCUGAGAAACGCAAAAAAGCUGCUCAAGCAAAAAGAGAUGCUAUGUGGAAAGCGAAUGACUAUGCUUCUGAAAACCUGUUGUUGCCUUCAGUUGAUGAUCAGCGGAGUGUUGAGAGCGAAGUGGAGGAGGUUGCACCACUGCAUUUUGUCUACGGCGAUGUUACAAGGCCUCAAAGAGCAAAAGAUGACCAUUCAUCCUAUCAAGUCAUUGUUCACUGUGUUGACAACAGCGGUGUCUUUGGAAAUCGAGGAAUUUUUGGUGCAUUGAGAGCAAAGGAUCCAUCGGUUGCUGACAGAUACGAGUUGAUCUCACGUAUGGGAGAUAUGCAUAUGGGUGAUGCUCACUUAAUAAGUGAUGUAAAAGAAUUGCGAGAUAGAGCAGACAACAACGACGAACCGUCUACUUCUGCAGAUCUCAAGGAAGCAGUUGUACUAUGCGUGGUGCAAAGCAAGAAGCGAAGGGGCGAGAUUCGACCUGCAAUCUUGGAACAGUGUCUCAUACGCAUUGGAGAAUAUGCUCGUAACAAUGAUGCCAGUGUACACAUGGCAAGAAUAGGACAUGGAACCUCCCUCAGCUGGUAUAACGUGGAACGUCUCAUCAAACAACACAUUAGUAAUCUUGGAGUGCCUACGUAUAUUUACUACUUCGCCAGACCUCAGCGACAGCCAUCGUCACCGUCACCUCCACCUCAGCAAACACCGUCUACCAAAAAGCGACCGAAAUCAUCUCCAGCAGGACCAAGUAAGCGAGCAAAAACGGAGACUGAUUUUGGCGAUGAUGUUAUUGUCGAUGAGGAAAUGGAAAGUGAAGAGAAUAUGUCUCCAAUCCAAGAAAAGCAGGCGAUUACAUCGAAACGAAAGACUAGAAGUGAUCAGGCAGAAAAGGAUCCCGCAGAUGUUCAUAUCCAAGAGGAAGAUAAGGAUGACCAAGAAGAGAAGCCAGUUCCAACAAAUGAGUUGAAGCUGUCGCCACGCAAGCUGAGAAGAAGGACAAAAGCAAAAAAGGAUUCCGGCGAUGUCACCAAGGAUGUCAUAGAAGAUGACGAAGAAGAGUCAUCAGAUAGCGAACCUGUUUCUAGUAGCGAAAGUGAGCAUGACUGGAGUGAGGAGGAUGAAGAGGUCGAAGAAGAGGACGAAGACUUGAGUGAAGAUGAUGUCAGCUCAUCCGAUGAGGAGGUCGAAGAGGAUGAAGAGCCUGAUGACUUGGAGGAUACUCCCAAACCCCGCCGUCAACAACGCAGUGUGAGCAAACCAACCCGUCAAAAGACCUCUGUUACGGAGUCCAGUGAGCGCAACAUAGACAGCCCAAGAGGCGGUUACCGUACACCCGACAAUGCAGCUUUGUUCACCAAUGUGGCUAUCUCCCUUUAUGGUCUUGAGAAGGAUACUAUUGACAAGCUAUCGGACAUCAUUGUAAAGGGAGAGGGUUAUCCAAUAACUGAAGAGAAUGAGCUCAAAGACGCUACCCACGCAGUGGUCAGCCCUGAAAUGGCAGCCGAUGCAAGGAAAUUCGAGGAGUUCCGUGAUCGCUUUGAUUUAAAUUGCGAUUUUGUCAAAGAAAAUUGGAUCACUGACAGCUUCAAUGCUGGAAAAAAGCUGGAUCCCGUAUUUUACGAGUUAUAGAUCUCUGUACAUUACUUGUGAAUACAUUAAUUUUUUUGUUAAAAUCAUCGCGUCAUUUUCCAUGAUAUCAACUCGGGAAUUUUUUGCAUCUUCAUCUCAUUAAUACAAAUUUUUGUAAAUACUUGCAUUGUGGGCUAAGUCAUAAUCAAAAGAUUGCCAGCUCUCGAAAAAUCAUUCGUUGAUGCUUGCUUGGAUAUAUCGCAUUAAUUUCAUCUCCACAUUAAUUAAAGGCGGAGACAUUCGGUGAUUUG